GUCGAGCUUUAAACAGCCACAUCAUCAUUAAGAUAAAUGAGGCGAUAAGACGAUCCGGGUUUUAAAAGGCAUGUCAGAGCCGCCAGGUGCAGUCCCUGUCACUGCAGACUCCACCACUGCUCAGCCUCAUCCUGCACCCGCCACCCAACACCCGCCAACAUGACCUUCAAUGGAGCCUGGAGAGUUGACCGCAGUGAAAACUAUGAGAAGUUUAUGGAGCAAAUGGGUGUUAACAUGGUGAAGAGGAAGCUGGCAGCUCACGACAAUCUCAAAAUCACCUUGGAACAGAAUGGAGACAAGUUUCAUGUGAAGGAGAGCAGUAACUUCAGAACCCUGGAGAUAGACUUUACACUGGGAGUCACCUUUGAGUACAGCCUCGCAGAUGGGACAGAACUAUCAGGCUCAUGGGUCAUGGAGGGAGAUACGUUGAAAGGAAUUUUCUUCAGAAAGGACAACGGCAAACAACUCACCACCACAAGAGUUGUUGUAGGAGACGAACUAAUACAGAGCUACAACUACGAAGGCGUGGAUGCUAAGAGGAUUUUCAAGAGAGGUUAGAGAAAACAGGGGCCAAACUUUCCACAUUUUGUGUUAAAUCGCCAACUCCUUGAACCAACAAAGGAGUGGCACUGACAAGCUUGAAGUAUUUUAUGCCUGGUUUUGAUACUAU